CUUGGGUCAUCUGGGCAGACUGUGCUGCCAGUGUUCCAGCAUAGACAGCGCUGUUGGCACAGGUUGGUGACCUGGUUUCAUGCAAUCGUCAGUUGGAGGAAGAUUGAGAGGAAGUUGUGUGACUUUGGGGAGGAAGCUGUGUUAGUUAGGGAGGAAGCCUGAUACUGUAAAUCUAGUUACAUCAAGAUCCACAAGUGAAUGAAAGCUUGGUCAGUUUCACAUUGAAGAUGAGCAGAAAAUAGUGGUGUGGAACAUAGCUUGUCUGGAAUGGACCAGAAGGCAGGCAUGCAGUUAGUAAUUGGAGAACUGGGCCACUGAUCCUCUGCAGGGGUGUUACAGACUCGUGGUUGUGAGUCACUGGAUGGAAUUUUGAGAGAGACAUGUUUGUGUUAACAGGACAGAGUAUACUGCUAUUGUGAUGCUACACAUGAUCGGUAGUGCUGGUGGCAUUCUGAGUCAGCAUUCUUGGAAUAUCGGCAGCUGGAAUGUUGUGUGGCAGCACAGCUCAUGCUUGGAAUUAUUAAUGACUUUUUGUGUGCUAAUGUUGGAAUUGCGGAAUAUCUGAUUAUUGGAUGGAUCUAGAUUCAAGAAUGGAUCUGUGCAUCGUUUAGAAGAUGGAUCUUGGUGUUUUUGGUCUCCAUAAGGGUCAUGUUACCCCAUGAAUCAACAAGGGACACAACUCAUGAUGACAUAACCCAGAACAGCUUUUGCUGUUACCCACUAGCAUAUGAAAACAUAAUAUAUGGAAACAGAACGUUUGUGCUGAUGUUUUGAAAAUAUAUCUGUAUGUCACCAUUUUCUUCUAUAAUUAGUGGCAGACAGCCAUGAUGGAUGAGGAUAUUGCAGCUUAUCUGUGACCCUGACACCAUUUUCCGUUAUUAGACGUUGAGCGAAUGUGUCAAAUGUGUCAAUCACAUGACAGAGUAUCAAAUGCAGUGCAUAAGUGGUUGUGAAUCUCAGUUACAGAGCCUUGCCAGCGUGUCGGUGCCAGUAUUUGUACAGGGAUCAAUUUGAACAGCCUUUUCUACGUUUACAUUCUGAAUUUCAUUUCGGUCUCUCAGACUGAACACUGAGUGUGGUUUGUUUAGCUCAGUCUAAACAACAAGAGAAUGUGAUCUAUGCCCUGGACUGGUUGUAUUUGCUUGUGCUGUUGAAAAUAGCAACAUGUUACGCUGCCCUGCCUAAAGCUAACAGGCCUAACCAAGCAAUGGUUGUGUACAAACAUUACACCAUGCUUCCUGGGUGUGAGAACUCAAGGGAUGAUUUAUAUGUCGUAAAACUUGCAUAUCACUGAAAUACUGACUUAAAACCUCACAAUCUGCUGCAACAGGUAAUAUUUCAUACAUUGAGAUGUGAAACAAAUCAAGGAGGAUAUUUUAAAAAUAUAAUUCAUGAACUUGACUGUCAUCUGUGUUGAACUGUCGUAUAAAACAACUGCCAUACUUUUAUGGGCUCAUGACAGGAAGUGUGAAUGAAUAGACGCACUAUAUAUAAAUAAAGAUGAUCACGAUUGCUAUGAUGGACACACUGAAGCACACAGACACCAAGGGGGCCCUAAGCUGGUCCCACAUGGUGAAGAUGUCUCGCUUUGGACAGUUGUUGGCGGCCAUAUUUUUCCUGUGUCUCUUGGUGAACGGCCUCAUCUUUGUGCUCCGGCUCAACGGAUACAACCCAGUGGUGAUCGUAGCUGACAACGCAAGCUCCGUACCAAGGAUACAGUCAAAGAUCCAAAGCUCUCGAACGUUACAACAGAGUUCCACCGACAAUGAUUCCCAGAACAAAACAUCCACAGCUUCAGUGUUAGAGAGUGAGACAAAGGGCAAGAAAAACAUCACAGUCAAAAUUGAUACUUCCACAAAAUCAACAAUCCAAAUUGUGAAUCCUCACAACUUUCCAUACCUGGUUAAUGAAGCUGACAUGUGUAAAGAAGCCCCUGAACUAAUCAUUGUUGUGUGCACGGGCGUGAAGAACGUCAAAGAAAGACAAGCAAUUCGAGAAACAUGGGGAACAUAUGUUAAAGACCCUGUACAUAAAACGAAAGUUGUGUUUUUGUUAGGUGCAACAGAUUCCAUGGAUAUGCAGAAGAAUCUUCUAAAUGAGAGCAAAACAUAUCGAGAUAUUGUGCAAGAAAACUUCCAUGAUAGCUACAGGAACUUAAGUUUAAAAUCUGUUGCUAUGCUGAAAUGGGUGAAAACAUAUUGCAUUUCAGCAAAGUACUUACUAAAAGCUGAUGAUGAUAUGUAUAUAAAUGUUCCAAACUUAUUAACAUCUUUAAGGAAAAGAAAGGAAGAAAAAUUUAUUCUUGGAUUUAUAUUUGUUGGUGCCAGACCUGUUCAAGACAAGAGAUCUAAAUGGUAUACACCACUGAAUGAAUUCGAUGAGAAGACCUAUCCUCGUUAUACGUCAGGAACUUCGUAUUCCAUGUCUGUGAAGGCAGUUCCAGACUUGUAUGCAGCCUCGCAGCAAAUAAAGCUGUUUUGGCUUGAAGACAUCUAUAUUACCGGAUUGUGUGCACGUAAAGCAGGCGUUCAUCAGUAUCAUGACGGUGGCUUUACGUUUAUGCGCAGGAAACCAACUGGAUGUGACUUUAAGUCAGCAGUUACUGGCCACAACUACAAACCAGAAGAUCUGUAUAAAAUACAUAAGGAGUUAUACAGCAGUCCUCCACCCAAGUGUUGAUCAAAGUUAAUUUGAUAUCUCUACAAGCCAGGCAACAAACAUUAUCGUGUCCGUAGGGAAGGGUUCUCAUCUCUUUCCAUUCUUCCAAAGAGUUUUCCAUAUUUUUUAAAUAUACGAAGAAUACCGAGUUACUGGUGACAUGAGUAUGUUGUAGGUCAUAUGGUUUGACAUGAAAUCUUCCCAAAAUUUAUGAGAAUUUCAUAAACAAUACAUUUGCAGUUAAAUACAGGUUUAACGCCUGAUUACAUCUCUGUCUUUCCAAUGCUUUAUAGAGAUUUAAUAUAGUCUCAUUACUAGCUAGUCAUUUCUGUGCAGACAUGUGCGAAGGAUGAAAUGGACCAUUCUGAUUUAUUUCUGAGGUACAAAAUGUAUCAAU